AUGGAGCGCGGCGCGGACGGCCUGAGGAUGCUCAUGAAGGGUGCGAUGGACAUGCCAGCCCCCAAGGCGAGGUACAUCCAUCUGCACAUCUUGUGGCCGGGCAUGAGCACCCAGUUCGAGUACAAGAAGCGGAUCCCGGCGGUGGUCAACGGCGCGCCGCUCACCCGCGCGCAGAUCGGGCACCAGGUCGCGCUCGCGUACUUUGAGUUCUUCAGGAGCCUCUCCACGCGCGGCAUGAGCACGAAGGGCCUGGCUUGGGACGUCACCCACAUUGGCAUCCACAAGCUCGCGGUGCUCUCGGUCUGCAACAUCGCCGACGAGCACUGGCAGGCUGAGCUUGCGAUCAUGAUUUGA